CAAACACCCCCUAAAUCUCUUUCCCCAACCCCGGCCCCUGAGCGGGUAUCCCCUAACCCUAUCUCAUCUUUGGCGGCGGUGCUUGAGGGAGACGACAUGGAAGGCAGGAAAGGCGAGGAGGCUAUGCAGAUUCAGGAAGAACUCAGAAAGAUGUACGCCAAAACUAUUUAUCUGAACCGGAAAUACCGUUCCCUGGAACAUCUAAAUUGUUGGCUUGAGGACGCGGAAGGCGAUCGCCAAACGGAAUAUUCACGUCACAUUGAAAAAUCCUUCCGGCGCUGGCACCAUGACCCACCUGACCAGAAGGUCUCCAAAUUGAUUGAUGAAGCGACAGAACAUUUCAGCAUGGAGAGGAUCUUUUCCAAAUAUUGGACUCCCGAGGCAGCAAUUGAUACUAAACUUAAGGAGAUUGAAGUUGAGGAUGAUCCGUUAAUGACUAUUCGCCUCGAAAUCGAGGAUUUCAAGACGGUGGACCGAAAACUACGGAUAGAGUGUGAACUGAGCCCAGACCGGGAAAGGCUCCACUUCCUCUUGUUCCUCCUCGAGGAGGACUUUUGUGACUUGGUUGAUGAUUAUUUGCAUGUUGCAAAAGCCUACCGUUCAGCUAGAAUGGAGGAAAUAAAAAGGGAACCAGAACUUUUAUCAUGUUCGGUGGUUCCAGAUGGUAGGCAAAGAUCUACCAAAGAACAUGUCCCUUGUGGUGAGCUUUCAAAGAUGAAUUUCACAGCAUGCAGUCAGCUGUCUAGCUUGGUGGAUGCUGUUGAUGCUUUGAUUAAUGCAACAUUUCGGAAUAUUCUGACGCUACAAGGGACUAGCAAAAAAGUUUUGCUGGUUAAAUUAUUGGCACAUAACCUGCAUCACCUUCUUACUCCUAUUGUUGAGCUCAGACUUGAUCUCUGUUUAAGCAUAGGGAUUUUCCGUGAAGAUUGUGAAUCUCAGUUGAGAUUAAAUAGGUUACAAUCUGGAGAGGUAACGAAAACUAGUUUGGAAGACUAUUUUAACUUGAAGGCAGAGCUUACUAAUAAAGAGAGAAGAAUGGUUCAUCAUAGGGUACAAACGGUAAGAGGACUUGUAGGUGAUAAGGUUGGAGCAUAUGAAGCUGAAGAGUACUUAAUCCUGUUAACAAAGGAGUAUGAUGCAAAGGUCUUCGGUUGUAAGAUUAUUGGAUUUUGGCUCCUGUGUCCGUUCAGAGGUUGUGAUUGUGCUCAUAUGAAAUGCAUGUUUGAUGUGAUUGGGCAGUUUAACUUAGUUAUGCGUCACAUAGUUAGCAGUUAUAGGUGCUCGUUUUGCCAUAAUCUUCAUGACACAGUUUGUUAAGUACACAUGUUUGUUAAGUACACAUGUUUGUCAUUAUUGAUUAUGAUAGAACGUACUAAUUGAGAACUUCUUGAAAUAAUCUUUCUUCCUUUUUCCCA